AUGAAGUGUUGGGCCCAGAUCAUCACAACGCCUACGGCAGACACGCCUGGAACAACAAUUCUUCUACACUUCGACAACAAGAGAUACCUAUUCGGAAAUGUAGCAGAAGGUACACAGCGUGCGGCUGUUCAGAGGAAACUCGGACUCAUUAAAGUUGGUGAUAUAUUCCUAACAGGCAGGUUAGGGUGGGAUAAUGCGGGAGGUUUGUUAGGCAUGAUACUUACACUCGCAGAUAUCAGAUCCUCCUCUCGGGAGGAAAAGAAAGGUCAUGGUCAGGACAAAAUAGAUCUUGUAGACAAGGAUAUGAGCCUCUCGGUUCAUGGAGGUCGAAAUUUAACUCACCUUCUGGCUACGUCCAGGCGGUUUAUAUUUCGGAAAGGAAUGCCUAUUGUAACAAAUGAAUACACUCUGAUGAAAGAAAAAUUACAGAAAUCUUGGGAACCUACUUGGAGAGAUGAGAACAUCAAAGUCUGGGCUAUGGCCAUAGAGUCCGACGUUACUGUCAGAAAGAGAAGUCAUGCCGAGUUUAGCGAUCACAUCCAAGAUCAAAAAUCUCAGUGCGAGCUCGAUGAGCACGAUACAAUAAGGAAGUCUGUGGUGUCUUCAAUGUUCGAUUCAAGCUGGCGUCUCGAUACCCUUAUAAAAAAAAAGCUUUCCGAAGUUCAGUUACCAGCCGCUAUCUUUCACCGAGGCGAAAAUGGCCGAAUCCAGAAGUACGAAGGGCCAACUGUUGAGGAGGACGCGUCUGUAGCUGACCUUGAGGUUCUUGUACGUAAUCCAUGGCCCGGUGCGCUUACCGAGCAUCUUCCUUCCACGACCCCCUCAAAUACAUCAAUUUGCUACAUUGUCAAGAAUUAUGAUCAAAGAGGAAGAUUUGACCCUAAAAAAGCUAAAGACCUUGGUAUAACCCCAGGUCCAGAUUUCCGUCGUCUCACACAAGGUGAGAGCAUAACAACGACAGCUGGUAGAAUAGUCUCUCCCGAUAUGGUCCUCGGAAAAGGCAAAAAUGGAAGUGGCUUCGCGGUUAUAGAAUUACCACGUGUGGCGUAUUUGGAAUCUUUACUUGCACGGAAAGAGUUCUCAUCUAGUGAAGUUAUGCUUGGUGUCGGUGUAAUAUUCUGGAUUCUAGGGCCUGAAGUCGUCCAUGACACCAGAUUACAGAAGUUUAUGAAAGACCGUAGUGAAAUGAAGCAUAUUAUUUCCUCAUCAGAUUACUGUCCAAACUAUCUAGCUCUAGAGUCAGCAGCGAUGGCAGCUAUUCGCCUAAAUCUAUUGGAUCCAAACCAUUUUCCACUUCCAGACUACAGCAAUCAGGUGGAUCCCAUUAUUCAGGGGCUCGAACAAAUAGAAAGGGCCCAAUGCGGUAUGGUUGUUCAACUAGAGCCAUUACUCGAAGUUCAACGUGACUCAAUUAUUCCAUUGUUAAAAAGUGCUAUUGUGGUACAAGGUGCGCCAAAAAAUGUAUUGGAAUUAGCCGAAGUAGCCCGUAGCUCCAUGGAUGACGUCGAGUAUCUUGCUACUCUAGAAAGGAAUCAAGCUGAUAUUCCAUGCAAGGAUGCUGAGGUAACAACAUUGGGUACUGGCUCAUCACUCCCAUCAAAAUAUCGAAAUGUCUCGGCGACAUUAAUUAGAGUCCCAGGGUAUGGUAACUAUCUAUUAGAUUGCGGAGAAAAUACCCUUGGACAGCUUAAGAGGGUCUUCGGGAAAGAUCUACCGGAUGUUUUGCGGAAUUUAAAGACCAUUUGGAUAAGUCAUCUUCACGCUGAUCACCAUCUUGGCACCGUAAAUGUUAUUAAGGCAUGGCAUGAGGCGACAAGAGAUCAAGGUGCCGUGAACUACCAAAAAUUGAUAGUAGCCUCUGAUCGAGGCAUGACCAACUGGUUGCGAGAAUACGCAGAAGUUGAGGACUAUGGAUAUAACCGUGUCGAACCUGUAACCCUAGGCAGUAGAACGACUUUUAGCUUUAAACCAAGUCAAGAGCUUGUUUCCCAUACAGGAUUUAAUUAUAUCGAAGCUUGCCAGGUUGAGCACUGCGCUGGUGCUCUGGCAGUCGUUUUUGGAUUUCCGAACGGCUUCAAGUUUGCAUACUCUGGGGACUGUCGGCCUUCGGAAAGAUUUGUGAGGAUUGGACAAGGUGCUACACUUCUUAUUCAUGAGGCUACAUUUGACGAUGAGCUCCGGGGCGACGCAGUUGCAAAGAAACAUUCGACUACUUCGGAAGCGCUGGAUAUUGGUAAAAGGAUGAACGCUCGCCGAAUCUUACUAACUCAUUUCUCUCAAAGAUACCAAAAGAUUCCAAUAAUGAACUGCAAAGACGGAAAAUCUCAAGUGGCUAUUGUAGCUUUUGACUAUAUGAAGAUACGGAUUGAAGACUUUGUUAAGAUGGAGGCUCUCAAACCUGCCCUCAUGAAACUUUAUGAAGGUAAAGAGGAAUGA